AUGGCAACUGAUGCCGACAAGGAGUUAAUCGAUCUAAUAGAUCGUGGCUCGUAUUCACAUGCCAAAACGUUAAUUGAUAGGAGACUUGUUAAAUUCCCUCAAAAAAGUCUUUAUCAUAUUCUUCAAAAUAAAAUCCUUUUAAGAACUGGUGAAGAAGAUUUAGCUAUUAAAAAUAAUGUUAAAUUAAUGAAACAGAUACCCAAUGAUCCAAUGUCAGUCGAAUUGUUAAGCGAAUUUUUUGCUGAGGUUGGAAUGGAUAAAGAAGUUAAUAUUGUUUAUGAAAAUGUUAUUAAGAAAUAUCCAAUUUCAUCAAAAGAUAUGUGCUUACAUUGGUGGAAUAAUUCAAUUGAGAAAUUCGAUUUGAAAUUAUAUAAUCUUAUUUUUAUGUAUUUGAAUAAGCAUGAAAAAUCAAGAUUGUAUACAUUUUGGUAUUCAUUUAGUUAUUAUUUGUUAUUGAAACAGAAUUGUCUAUCUGAUAAAGAAGUGACAUUGUAUCGUGCAUUAGGUAAAAAAUUAAUUGAAGGGUUACAGCCAUUUGAAAAUACCCAAGAGUUGUAUGUAUACACAAAAUUCUUACUUGAAGAAGAGGACUAUCAAUCUAUAGUCGCUGUCAUUGAGGCUACAACCUUCAAUUUGGAUUUAGACUUAAAAAUAAUCUAUCGUGAUGCUAUGAAACAUAGUGAAAAUUUCAAAUCCUUAUAUGAAUAUACUGAAGAUUUAUUAUUUAAUCAAAAAUUUAAUGAUUAUGAUACUUGGAAAGCAUUGAUAUUUGCCGCAAAACAAUUAAACAAACCCUACGAAGAAAUCAAAGAUGUCCUUUCUCGUCAACCCUACAGUAGAAAUGGUAUGCUAGCACAAAUUGAAUUGGCUAGAGUAUAUGAUCAAGAUACCAAUGAUCCAAUUAAACAAUAUUAUGAAAAGACGAAUCACAAGUUAUGUUGUUACUACGAUCUUGCAAACUUUGAAUUAUCAGAUGAAUUCUUUGAAAUGGUAAAGGCAUCGACCAAUGAAAUAUUAGAAUCAUAUCCAACUGAUGUAAAUCAAUUAACUAGAAUGAUCAAUAAUCAAAAAUUCCAAUUUGAAAGACGAAUUGAUGAUGAAUUCUCCUGGACAAAUUGGAGAAUCAAUAAGAUAUAUGCCAAUAAUAAAUCAAUUCAAGGUGGAGAGUUUGAUAAUAAUCCGUUACAUGAGUUGAAUUUAAUUUCUAUUAUCCUUGAUUUAUCUAAGAAUUCUUCAUCUAAGAAUUUGAUCAAAUGCAUUGGUAUAAUCAAUCAUUUGUUACAAGAAGAUGCAUAUAAUCAUAAAUUACAAUUAUGGCUUGUGAAAUUAUAUUCAAGAUUAAAUACGAGUAAUUUAAUCUAUCCAGUUUAUCAAAACCUAAAAAUCAAAAUGACUCAGCAUGAAACUUUAUUACAUUAUUUAACAACAAUUAAUCCUUCAAAAGAUACUCUUGACGGUUUGGUAAAUAUUUUCCGUUUCUAUUUGACAGCAAAGCAUGAAAUUAAAUCUGGUAUUGAAAAUGGAUUCCAAGAGGGAGUGUUUAACAAGCUUGAAAGUUUUAUUAAUUUUGGAAAACGUUUACAAAAUUCAAUAUCAUUGAAUUUCCUUGUUUCUAAACUCUUACAAUUUGUGGUUGUACUUGGAGAUUCAGGGUACUUAAAUUACUUCAUUCAUUAUAUGAAAUCGAACAAGAAGUCAAUCUUGGAGGACUAUUCAGAUAAUCGAGAUUUUACUUCUGAGUGGAAAUUGGGUUUAAAGGUAAUUGACCAGGAUUUAUUGAAGAUUCCUGUUCAAGAUACUAAUGUGAAAUUGAAGCUUUUAAUCUACUUGAUUAUCUUUGAAGAGAAACCAGCCGAAAUUACAAAAUUAUUAAAAUUAUUCAAUAAGAUCAUCUCCAAUGAAAAAUCAUUUUCAAGGUUCGAUAGUAUAUUAUACAAAUUAUAUUUCAACUUAUUAAAGAUUUCCAAAACUAAUUUGAAUUCUCAAGAAGUACAAUCACUUUUUAAUUUCAUUCAAAAGAAUUUGAAAUUUGAUAAAUUGAAAACCAUCUUAAUCCCAGAAGAUAUAUUAUCUGGUGAAUUAAAUCAAAAUUUAAUCAAUUUAUCUGAAUUUAUUAAGAUAAUUCAAAUGAUUUCCAGACGGAAUUCAUCUUCAUUCAUAAAGCAAUUAGUCGCCAUAACUGAAACGUUACCCAAGGAUAUUAAACUGUUGAGACUUGCAAGUUUGCAAAUUGAGCAAAUUGAUUCCAUGGACUUUGAAAUUCCUUUCAUUAUAGACAUUGGAAAAACUAAGAAGACUCUUCAGGAUUCAAUUGACAAAACAACAACAUUCAUUUUAAAUACUUUAUAG